AUGAUGCAAGCUGAGAGUUUACUGGGCCCUGCGCAGAUUGGCAUCAUGAAUGCGCUUCGCACAGGCAACACAUUUCUGGAUUUCGCUUUUUGCCUGAUUGUGCCGAUUGUAUUCUCUGCAUUCGCGGUAUAUAUCAAAGAGUUCAACACACUCUGUUGGAGCUUAUGGAAGAGGUUAUGGACGUGCGAUGAUUACACGUAUACGCGACAUAUUAUUCAUGAGACGGCAGAAAAUAAAUACGGCCGAGUCUACGAUGAGGAUCAAAAUAAUCAUAUUCUGCACAAGGCUAUACUGGAGUAUAUCACUCAUAAUUGUGACUUAAGCUUCUCUGGGGGACACUUCCGCUUGGUCUACAAUGCUAAAACGGUAGAGCAGGCGUAUGGGCGGGGUAUCGAGGACGAUGGGUCGGUGCUUCAACAGUUGCAGUCUUUCGAUAUUAUCACAGAGCCACCGCCCAAUGAGCCUGUGGAUGUGGGGAAGCAGGUAUAUUUGACAAUUAGUAAUGUUUCGACGUCUGAGCAGGAAGGGAAAGAAUCAUUCUCCACUAAGACAACGUCCGACUACAUUCUCACCGCACAUGGACAGGAUGCCAGGCAACGUGUAGAUAAGUAUGUACAGCACGCUUACCAGUGGUACAUGGACUAUGUGGCAGCGCAAAGAGACGUUGCGAGGUACAUGUACGUUAUGAGAUCCACGGCUAAGGGAAGUGACUUAGAGGGAAAUGGAAACAGUGUGAUUUACAAACGCUAUGCAUUGAGUAAUGACAAAACGUUCAACUCAAUGUUUUUCCCUCAGAAGCCUGCACUGCUCCGGUUGCUGGAUCAUUUCAAGUAUCACACGGGAAAGUUCUCGAUUCCAUCAUACCCAAAUAAGAUAACACUUCUUCUGCAUGGCUCUCCCGGCACUGGCAAAACAAGUCUCAUUAAGGCACUUGCGCAACAUACAGAACGUCACAUUGUCAGUAUCCCACUGGCUAGGAUCAAAACUAACCAAGAUCUCAUGGAUGUGGUCUUUGAUCAGUGUUAUCAAGUUCAGGGCAAUGACUUGCCGAUGCGGCACAAGUUCGAAAAGGUCGUUUACGUGAUGGAGGAUAUUGAUUGUGCCAGCAAGGUUGUCUUUGCUCGUGAUCCGACGUUAAAGGACACUCUCACUGGGGCUUUAGAUGGCAGUCUUCUACCCAAUGAUAUGGUUGCUUCAAACACAGUCCUGGAGAAACACAAGACACAGGGCACGUUGACGCAAGAUAUGUUAGAUAAGAUGAAGGCGAGUAAAGGGUCCUCGCUUGGUGUGGCUGGCGACGACGAUCUGAACCUAGCUGGUCUUCUGAAUGUGUUGGAUGGAAUUGUAGAUUGCCCGGAUCGCAUUGUGGUCAUGACUACCAAUCAUCCUGAGAAGCUGGAUCCAGCGCUAAUUCGACCCGGGCGAGUUAAUCUUACCGUGUACUUGGGGUUUAUUCAACCCGCCGAAGCAAUCGCGAUGCUGGCCCUAUUUUUCCAGUGUGGACUAUCAUCAUAUAUGCAAGACUCGGUGACACGAUCAUUGAAGAAGGACAUUCGUACAUUUACUCCUGCUGAAAUGGAGCAGUUGUGCUGUGAAUACGACACUAUUGAAGAGGUACUCGAAGCGCUUGCAACCGCUGCUUCGAAACCGAAAGAAAUUAUUUCGGCUCGCCACUAUACCCCGGCGAAGUUACAAAUAUUAACAUCAGCGAGCUCAUUGGAGGACGUGGAUUCGAUCAGGUCUGUAUCAUCGGAUUUGGGAUCAAUGGGAUUCUGGAGCGGAAUGUUGUUCUCUGACAUCAGAGAAAGAGAAGGAAGUCGCAUCAGAAGAUCUUUGUGUCAGGGAUUUACUGCAAGGAAGAACGACACAAUGCUUGGGAUGCAAUAA